AUGGAGUUUGGUGACGCGUUUGCAGGGUUACUGCAAGGGCGAGGCACACCGCCAAGCUCUGGCUCUGGGCGAAGGCGUGGCAUUCAAUCCCGGCGACAACAGCCGCGAUCACAACGCUCUCUCCGGCUGACACAGACGCAGCAGUUGAUGGAUGACGAUGAUAUUGUGGAGGAGGACGACAGUCCCAUGGGGAUGGUGGAACAUGCAAACACCACCAGCGCCUACGCGGCACACACGCACGCAACAAUGGCACCCGAGGGCCAUCCCAUGGACGAAGACGUGGACGAGGACGUGGAUGGGCUGACGCAAUCCCCUCCACCGGCACAGCGGCACUGCGUGUCUCAACGACUACCAGAGAGCCUGGACACCGAGGACGCCGACUCUGACCUCGCCUCGCACAGCCAACAGCAAACUCAUGCACGUGUUAUGAUCUCACAGUUUGAAGCCGGGCGGCAUGCAACCAGCGAGUUUGACGAUGACAACGAUGGUGAUGACAAUGAUGUUGACGAUGAUGAUUUCAUGUGUACGGCUGCAGCAGAGGCGGCAGAGGCGGCGGAAGCACAAAUGCGCCUGGGCGGCUUUCGUGACCGCGGUGAAGUGCUUGAUGACGAUGAUGAUGACGACGAUGACGAUGAUGGUGAUGCUGCUGUUGCCGGCUACACCGCCACCAACACGGCGAAGGUCACAUGCAAACCAGAGCAGCAGCAGCACCCGCGGUGCAGCAACUGCAGCAACUGCAGCAACGGCAGCAACGGCAGUCAAUGUGGCGAGUCAGGGUCCAAGCAGUGCCACCAUCACGUCUCCAUAUGA